UCUGCGAUGUGCGUCGGAAUUCGGAAACUGAGCGAGGCCGUGUUGGGUGUUGGCCGUCCUCCAUUUCAUGGCGAUUUCACUUGACCAAGCGACGCCAACCGUAACACGAUCCGCGACGGCGUCCUCCGACCUUCUCCGCCGACGUCCCACCCCCACCGCCACCCCGGGAGUGGUGGCAGAAUCCCCCGCGAGGUCGACCUCGGGCGGUUUUUUCGGAGAGGAAUCCAGCGUAGAGAGCAGCUCCGAUGGGGAGGUGUCCCAUCGGGUGGGGGGAGGCGAUGGUCCAGUGGACGAAGUGGAGAGGACGCCGAUGGCUUCGAACGACAAAGAGCACGAAGAUGGAAUCAGAAGGGGAAAGGGUCCGGCAUCCGAUGGCGAGGUCCGGGCCAUGUUCUUGUACCGGGCGUCGGCUCCGGCUCACCAAAGAAUCAAGGAGAGUCCAUUGAGCUCGGAUGCUAUCUUCAAGCAGAGCCAUGCAGGUCUUCUUAACCUGUGUAUAGUAGUGCUGAUUGCAGUCAAUGGAAGGCUUAUCAUUGAGAACUUGAUGAAGUAUGGUUUACUUAUUCAGGCUGGGUUUUGGUUCAGUUCAAAAUCAUUGAGAGAUUGGCCACUUUUGAUGUGUUGUUUUACUCUGUCCCUUUUCCCUCUUGCUGCAUUCUUGAUCGAAAAACUGGCAUGGAGAAAGCUUAUAUCUGAACCACUGGCCAUCGCUUUUCAUGUGAUAAAUACGACAUCUGCAAUUCUCUAUCCUACCUUUAUAAUUCUUAGGUAAUAGUUCCCAGUUGCUAGUCUGAUUCUUGCAUGUUUAUUCUUUUGUUUGCGAG